GUCAGGGAGUUAAACAGUUUUUUUUUCUCUGCUGGCGUUCAGAGUCGUGGUGUGUACAGUGGGAGUUGCUCUCACAUGGCUUCAGGAGCACGGAGCUGAGGAAAGGCUCCACCACCGCUACAACUGCUCUGUUACUCCGACUAUUCUGCGCCCUGUAUGCGCUUCAUCCAACUGGGAACCGAUAGCCGCCGAAGGAAACAGACAUUCCGCCGAGUUUUGUUUUGUUAGUAUUUCAACAAAAACAACACAAUGCUGCUUUUCACUGUCGCUUGACAAGAGAAGAAACUGCAGACCCCAGACGCGUGAAUCCAUGUUGACCCCAGCUUUAAAAACAUUAUUAUAGCCCUUUUCAUUUCUGUCGGAGAGAAGGGACAAGCAAGGUGUCAGGAAUGCUCCCUGUCCUCCUGUUAGCUGGGUUGAUUCUGGCUCUGUCCAUCCCUGGCACAAUAUCUGAGUCAGCCACCCUGCGUUUCCACGGCCCCACUGUGUUUCAGGUCAAUGAGAGCAGCAAUGCUGUGGUCCGGCUGGUUGUAGAAAGAGUGGGAGACCCAGUCAAUGUCACAGCAUUGGUUCUGCUGGAGGGAGUGGACACUGGGGACUUUGAAUCCACUAAUGCUGCAGCCUUCCUCCUGUCCACUGAGACGAGGAAGACUGUCUUUAUUGCUGUGAGAGAUGACGAUUUGCCUGAAGCCGAUGAGACCUUCACCUUCAACCUUACAGUCCAGAAUUCCUCCAAUGGUGUAACAGUGGGGACACCCAACAAGGCAACAAUCACCAUCCUCUCCAACGACAAUGCCUUUGGAAUAAUUGCCUUCAAUUCAACUGAGGAAGUUGUGGUUGAUGAGCCUCGAGGAAUGAACCGUUAUGUGCCCUUUACACUCAUCAGAGAGAAGGGAACGUAUGGGACUGUGACUGUGACUUUUGAGAUCUCUGAUGGUCCAAACCCGGCCAUUGAGGAUUUGAGUCCAGAGAGAGGCAACAUCACCAUUCCUGUUGGACAGGCUAUGGUGCACUUCAACAUUCUCAUCCAGGAUGACCAGGUCCCAGAAGAUGAUGAAGUUUUCACAGUCAUGCUAACAGGCGUGGCAGGUGGAGCGCUACUGAAGCCCAAUGCCAGCAGUAUCCAGCUGAGAAUCCGGCGUAAUGACAGCCCACUGCGUUUCUCCCAGUCUAUGAUGGUGGUACCUGAGUCUGCAGGGGUCAUCGUCCUUAAUGUGACCAGAGGACAACUGACAGAAGAUGGGCCACUUGUUGGUUCUGGAGACUCAGAGGUCUUUGUGGAUUACAUGGUGGUGAUCGGUGACGGUCUUGGCACCGCCACACCAGCUGUGGAUUUCGUGGACCUGCAGCCAGUCAGAACCAUCAUAUUUCCUCCAUUUGUCUACAAGAGCAGUCUGCUGUUCAAUAUCACAGAUGACACUGUGCCAGAAAUCGCAGAAUAUUUCCGUGUGGUUUUGCUGGAGGAGACCAUUCGAGGAGACGCUGUGUUGGUGUCACCUAAUGCUGUGCAGGUGACCAUAGAACCCAAUGACAAGCCACACGGUGUCCUGUCCAUCAGCAGCAGUGCACUCAUUCAUCCAAUUACCAUCAAUGAAGACCUUACACAGAGGUUUGACGGCAUUAUCAUUGUCAGAAAUGGAGGCAGCUAUGGGGCUGUUUCAGUCAACUGGUCCAUCAGCAGAAACUCCAGUGAUUCUUCUCCAGUGUCAGACGACUUGAGUCCCACAGCAGGGACAGUGAGGUUCGCAGCUGGUCAGGUGACUGCUGUGAUCUCAAUUAACCUCAUAGGAGAUGAUCAACCAGAAGAGGCGGAGGCCUUUCUUCUCAAACUCCUGCCAAAUACUGUUACAGGAAAUGCUGAGACCGACGAGCCCACUGAGAUGGUGUUCUACAUCCAAGACAGCGAUGACAUCUAUGGACUUUUUCACUUUGACCCCUCAAAGGAGCAAAGCAUCCAAAGCCAACCCGCAGGCCGCUUCCUUUCUUUGAAUUUCCUCAGAGAUGGUGGGAAUCUUGGGGUUGUGUCUAUGACCCUCACGGCUCUCUACAUUCCUGCAGGUCCAGUGGAUCCAGCCCUGGCCCGUGACCAGGUUCUUAAUGUUACCAGAACCAUCAAUGUUGUGUUUAAUCAAACAAGGACCAUCCAUCUCACACUACCAAUAAGAAAUGAUGCCUUUCUGCAGAACGGAGCUAAUUUUUUAAUACAGUUGAACUCACUGAAAGUCCUUGAUAUCAAUCCUCGGAUUCCAUCAAUCAGCCCCAGGUUUGGUGGACCUCUGAACCAGACCCUGACUGUCACACCUGACAUUGCUAAUGGUGAAAUUGGCUUUACUAGUAACGCCAGUGUGGUGGUUCAUGAACCUGAGGACAGUAAUACCAGCAUGGUGACUCUCCCUCUGCGACGUGAUGGGACAGACGGUCAGGCUGUAGUCUAUUGGACCCUCCAGCCAAUCGGGGGCAAUCCAAAGGAUGCGACUGAAAAUGACCUUAAACCUUUCAGUGGCUUGGUCACCUUUCUGUCUGGACAGAGCGACGCCUCAAUCAACCUCACGGUCAUGGCGGAUGACAUCCCAGAAGUGAACGAGACUCUACUGCUCACCCUGGACAGGAGUAAUGUGGAGAAUCAGAUCCUUAAAGCUGGGUUCACCAGCAGAGAAAUUGUCAUCCUGGAGAACGAUGAUCCAGGAGGAGUCUUUGAGUUUUCUCCAUUCUCCAGAGGUCCUUGGCUAAUCGAUGAAGGUCAGGUUUUAGAGCUGCACGUGGUCAGAACCCAGGGACAGCUUUUAAAACAGCUGGUCCGAUACGCUAUCCUGCCUUCUGGUCAAGAUGAGUUCUUCGGUGCCACAGGUGUCCUGGAAUUUAAUCCAGGCGAGAGAGAGAUGGUGGCAACACUAGUGGCAAAGCGUGAUGGUGUUCCUGAGCUGGACGAGACAUUUUCCGUGGUUCUGAGUAGCCACAGUACUCCACCCAGUCGUCUAGGCAACCACAGGGAGGUCAACAUCACAGUGAGGAGGAAUGACGACCCCUUUGGGGUCAUUGAGUUUCAACAAUCAGGACUAACGGUGGCCAUCAAUGAGAGCAAGGGCAACAAGAUACACUGGGCUGUGUAUCCCGUUGUAAGGAAUAGGGGUUUCUUUGGAGCCGUUUCUGUUUUGUGGAUCAUACAGCCAGCCCUCUCUGGAGAUGUUAGUCCUCUACAGGGAAACAUAACAUUUAAGGAGAGGGAGGUCCUGAAAAACCUCACUGUCUUCUCUGAAGAUGAUGAGAUCCCCGAGACCAUGGAGAAUUUUACUGUCACACUGGUGGACACCACAGGUGGAGCAAGACUUGGCAACCACCGUACGGCCAAUUUACAGAUAAACAAAAAUGAUGACCCCAUAUUUUUUGCCGAACCCCUUGUGCUGCGGGUUCAGGAAGGAGCCUUUGCUGACUUCACUGUUCUGAGAGCAGGCAGGGCAGACUUUGUUGCCACAGUGAUGUACCGUGUGGAGUAUGGUGACACAUCACCAGAUGACCUCACCUUGCUGAGUAAUGACACGCUGCUGGUGUACAGUGUUGGUGAGUGGAUGAAGAACAUCUCUGUGGCAGUGGAGGAUGAUGACAUUCCAGAGACUGAUGAACCCUUCUACAUCCAGCUCUACAAUGCUACUGGCGAUGCUGUUGUAUAUGGAGCACACACAGCUACUGUGGUAAUCAAGGCCAAUGAUGAUGCAAAUGGGAUGUUCUCACUGGAAUCUACAGAGAAACCUGUUGAAGAAGGACAGACAAACAAUUUCUACGUCUUGCGUGCAAGGGGCCAUUUUGGAAACGUUACAGUCUUCUGGCAGUUAUUUGUUAAUGACUCGGUGACUCCUUUGGAUGAAAACCAGGAGUUUACCAAUACAUCUGGCUUCAUCACUUUCACAAUGGGCGAAAAGACCAAGCCCAUCACCCUGGAGGCUCUCUCUGAUAAACUUCCAGAGUUCAAUGAGUUCUUCAUUCUUAAAUUGACUAAUAUUUCAGGUGGUUUCCCAGGAGAAGGUGGACAACUGGCUGAGGGUUUCCUGAAUGCCUCUGUUCUCAUCCCAUUUAAUGAUGACCCAUUUGGUGUCUUUGCCAUUGCUGACAAAAACCUGGACCAAGAAGUGGCUGAAGAUGUACUCUCAGAUGAUGACAUGUCUGACAUUGCGUCCUUCACCAUCCUCCGUCACCAGGGUACUUUUGGUGAUGUUAGGGUUGCUUGGGAGAUCGUCUCUGGCAGUUUCCCAGAGGGCCUUCCUUUGAUGGAUGACCUGCUCCUUCUAGCAUCCUUCCCAGAUGAGGUCGAACUCAGGCCUCAUGCCAGAAGGCACCACUCAGCCACAGACACGUGGUUUUUCUCUGGCCUCCCUGGAGCUUAUGGUACUAUCUGGCCUGAAGAUGGGCCUGCUGCUGUCAGCAACUUCACCUUUUCUGCUUGGCUGGUGCCAAGACCAGAUACGGAUGGCUUCAUAGUCUCCAAAGGAACCAAGAACGGCACUAUUUAUUAUGGAGUAAAGUUCCAUACUAAUGAGUCCCAUGUCACAGUGAUGCUAUACUACACAGUAACUGCAUCGAACAUCACUCACCUGGCCAGAGCCAGCACUAGGAAGUUUAUAGAGGAUAAUACAUGGGUUCAAGUCAUUAUUACUGUGGAUGACGGGAUUAUUGUGAUCUACUUAGAUGGAAAACCUAUUCCUGGUGGUCUGAAGAGCAUCAAAGGAGAGGGCAUCAGAGACGAACCUGCUUUACUGUUUAUCGGAUCUGACCCUUCCGGUGAACAGCGCUUCACAGGACUUCUCCAGGAUGUUCGCUUAUACCACACAGUACUGAACCGCAGUCAAAUCCACGAGCUUCACACUCAGCCCGCCAAGACCGACCUCCGUACCAUCUCAGGUUACAUGCGGUACCGUCAAAAUGAGAGAGAGAAGUCUUUUGUGGUGGAGGUCAGGGAUGACACUGAGGAGGAGGGUGAAGAGAUCUUCUAUCUGCAGCUGGUGGCUGUGCAGGGCCAAGCCCGCAUCCCUGUUCCGAGGCCCACGGCUGUUUUAAGGGUCAUGAAGAGUGACCAUGCCAAUGGGCUUUUUGGCUUCACUGGAGCCUGCAUACCUAAUGUAAGUCUAGAAGGCUCCACCAUCUCCUGUGUGAUCGAGCGUGUGCGAGGAUCCCUGGACAACGUUUAUGUCAACUACACUGUCACACAACCAGACAGCUUGAACAAUGAUACGAUUGCUCAUCAGGAUUUUGUUAAUGCCACUGGAGCCGUGCUUUUCUUGCCUGGAUGGCGGUCUGAGGUGCUGAACCUAAAGGUGCUGGAUGAUGACCUCCCAGAACUGGCUGAGACCUUCCAGAUCAGACUGGUUUCAGCAGAGUCUGGUGAUGGGAAACCAGGGUCCACACCUACCAGUGGUGCAAGCAUCGACCCAAACAACUCUGUCAACGUUGUCACAGUCACAGCCAGCGACCAUCCUUACGGUCUGCUACAGUUUCAGUCCAGAGUUCCAGAUGAGGGCUUGAUUCCCCCGUCCUUAGAACCUGCUCAUAUUACUGUUAAUGAAGAAGAUGGACAAAUCCGUCUUCCGGUGGUCAGAGCUCAAGGUCUUUUGGGAAAGGUUGUGGUAGGAUACAGGACGACCCCAUUCACAGCAUCCAGCCCUGAAGACUAUGAGGACUCAGAUGGUGUGUUGGAAUUUCUACCAGGGGAGCGAUUGAAGUUUGUCACUGUGACUAUUGUGGACAAUCCUGUUCCUGAGCUGGACAAGAUCUUCAGAGUUGAGCUGUACAAUGCAGAGGGAGGAGAGGAUCAGUUUCUGCACAGUGAAGGAAGUGGUAGUGGGGAAAGUGACUAUGACUUCCUCCUUCCAGCCUAUUUCCAUCACGCCAGCUUGGGAGCUGCUUCCCAUAUUACAGUGACCAUCGCUGCUUCAGAUGACGCUCAUGGAGUUUUUCAGUUUAACCCUGAGUCGCUGUCUGUAAAUGGGACAGAACCAGAAGAUGGAGGCAGCUCUGUUCUACUGCAGGUGGACAGGUCUUUCGGUGACCUCUCAAAUGUUACUGUUUUUUGGGAAGUUGAUCCCAGUUCUGGCUCAGAGCUCAUCAGCAGGUCUGGAAACAUCACGUUUGGUGUUGGUCAAUCCUCAGGGAACAUUAUCAUCAAUGUAGCUGAGGAUGACAUUCCUGAGUUGGAUAAGAGCUUCACUGUGUCUCUGGUUAACGUAUCUCAUGGUCAUCUGGGACUGAAGACAUCUGCAACUCUGACUGUGUUUGCUAGUGAUGAUCCUUACGGUGUGUUUGUCUUUGCUAAUUUAACAAAGUCUGUUCAGCUUCCAGAAGUUGACUCGACUGUCUCUCUGACCAUCCUCCGAAAAAAGGGCUUAAUGGGUCAGGUGCGACUCAUUUAUGGAACACUUAAUGAAGCAGACCCAGAGCCUUACAACUUUCUUGGAGUAGGCAGAGCCACAGAGGGACGAGACUUUAUUCCCCUCCAGAAUUCUAUCAUUUUUUUGGCCAAUCAGAGUGAAGCCAACAUCACCCUCCAAGUGCUGGAUGAUGAAGAUCCAGAAAGAGAUGAAAUUGUGUUUUUGAAGUUGAUCAGUGUUGAACUUAUGGAAGGAGAACAGGAGAGAUUCAUUUCCGAUUCUCCUUCCUUGGGCCACAGACCUGAAACAUUUGCUCACGUGAUAGUGAAGGCCAGUGAUGGUGCGUUUGGAGUCCUUCAGCUGUCAGCGUCUGCUGUCAGUGUAGCUGAGGACUAUGUUGGGCCUAUUAUAAAUGUCACACGUGUUGGAGGGAUCUUCGCCGAUGUGUCUGUUAAGUUCAGAGCAGUGCCUGUGACUGCCAGGAUCAGUGACGACUACAGUGUAGCCUCCAGUGAUGUUGUUCUUUUGGAAGGAGAGUCCAGUAAAUCUGUUCCCGUCUAUGUCAUCAAUGAUUUGGUCCCUGAGCUUGAGGAGACCUUUAGCAUUGAACUUAUUAAUCAGACCACUGGGGGUGCUCUUUUGGGGGAGCUCACAUAUGCUAUCAUCACCAUCCUGCCCUCUGAUGACCCUUUUGGUGCCUUUGUGUUCCAGUCUGCCCCAGUGGCCAUAGAAGAACCACAGUCUGACUCUGUUGAAGUCACACUGCCAAUAGUGCGUAACGCUGGAACCAUUGGCACCGUGGUGGUUAAAUGGCAGGCCACGGUAAAUGGGAAACUGGCAGUGGGGGACAUCAGUCCAACAUCAGGAGAUGUGACAUUUAAUCCUGGAGAAACCAUGAAGAAGCUCAAAGUCAGGAUAUUAGCUGAUGACGUUCCUGAAAUUACAGAGAUUAUAAAAGUGAAGCUGACUGGUGCCAGUAAUGGAGGAAGCCUUGGAGCUGACACUACAGUGAACAUAACAGUACCUUCCAAUGACAACCCAUAUGGAACUGUCUACUUUGCCCAGUCUGUUUAUCGUGUCCAGGAGCCUCUGGAGGGCCGUUUUAAUGCUAAUAUCACUGUGUACAGAAGAGGUGGCAACUUUGGACAGCUGGAGAUCAUGUACAGCACCUCUGAGUUUGACAUUGUCAGCAAAGCUCAGGCUGAAAAUCAGGAUCUGUUGAUGUACUAUAAUGUUCCAAAACCAGGUGGUCUACCUGCUGCUCUUACAAAAAUGUUCAACAUCACUGCUCAGAAAGAUCCACUGGUUGCAUGUGCUGCUGCGUGCUUGAGAGAGCAGGGCUGCCAGGCCUUCUCUGUCUCCAUGGCAGUGUCUCUGCCAUCGUGUAUUUGGGUGACUGCAGGAGCAGAAGACCUCACCCCUGAAUCACAAGUUAUGACCUAUUUUAAAAACACCACUGCAGCUGCGGUCCUGUUCACCGGUCAAGCUAUGGCAGAGAGCGAUUAUAUGCCAGUGACAUCUCAAAGUGCCUUCAUGGAAGAUGGGGCACAGGACGCCAACCUCACAGUCCCAAUCUUGACUGACAAAUUCCCGGAAAUGGACGAGAGCUUCAUUAUACAUAUCCUCAAAGUAACCUUGGUCAAUUUGACUGUAGCUAAAGCCAAUUUGCCUUCAAUUGGACAACCGGACCAAGCUUUGGUGACCAUAGCGAUGAAUGGAGAUGCAUUUGGUGUAUUUGUUAUCUACAGUCUCAGCCCUAAUGCCACUGAUGAGGGCCUGUAUCUUGAGGUUCAGGAGAAGCCUGCUGUGAUUGUACCUUUGGUUAUAGAGCGAAGAGGAGGGAAUCUGGGCUCUGUCACAGUGGAGUGGAGGUUUGUUGGAGGGACAGCAACACCUGACACUGACUUUACAGGAACUGGGGGCAGUUUGGUCUUUGAUGGUGAGCUGAAGAAGACCAUAGUGAUAGUAAUCAGAGAUGAUAUGGAGCCGGAGGACAGUGAGAGUCUAAUGAUUGGACUGGUAAAUAUAGAAGGAGGAAGUAGAAUCCUGCCCAGCUCUGACACCGUCACUAUAGUGAUCCUGGCCAACGAUAAUGUGGGCGGCAUAGUUGGAUUCCAUCCAACCUCACGUUCUGUCAUCGCCAGAGAAGGUGAAAAGCUGUCUUUAUUAGUGGUGAGAACAGCUCCAGGUCUGGGUAAUGUGACUGUGGACUGGACUGUAACUGGACCUCUGGUUCAUCGGACCUUCACCCAAACAACAGGAACUCUGCUCUUUACUGAGAAAGUACUGAAUAACACCAUAGUUUUGCAACUUCUUGAUGACGCCACACCAGAAGACAAAGAUGAAUAUAAAGUUUCCUUGUCCAACAUAGAAACUUCUGGUGUUGUGGUGACAGGCCACGCUGCACUGGAUGUCCAGGGCAGUGAGGCAGUUCUUACUGUGGACACCAGUGAUGAGCCCUUUGGGCUGCUGUCAAUUGCCCCGUCAUCACUCAGGGUGACCACAGAGGAGCGGGACAGAACUUUAAAUAUCUACAUCAACAGAGAGUUUGGAUCCUCAGGGGCAGUAAACAUUUCCUAUAAGACUAUAAAAGGUUCUCUACAAGACCUGUCCAAGAUAGAGGGUGCUCUGGCAGAUCCAGGGCAAGAUUUCAUCUCUGGAACUGGAUCUGUGAUCCUUCAGGAUGGUCAGACUUCUGUUGCCAUCCCCGUCACCAUUCUGGAUGAUGACAUUCCCGAGCUGCAGGAGUUCUUCCUGGUCAACAUCACAUCAGCAGUUCUCAUCACUACCCUUGCCAUGGCUCCACAGUUAGACACCCAAGGUUUGGUGGCAGAGGUCACCAUUACUGCCAAUGAUGGAAUUAGAGGAGUAAUUGAAUGGACUAACACAAUGUUUGAAGUGAAUGAAACAAUCACGUCUCUGACUCUGGUGGCCUACAGGAGCAAAGGCACAUAUGGAAAUGUCUCUCUGCUUUUCUACGCUCAGAAUCUGGAAGCACAACAAGGGCUGGACUAUAACACCAGUGAAACGGUGCUGCACUUUGUGGAUGGUGAAAGGCACAAGUUUGUAGAAGUUCCGAUCAUUGACGACACCAUUCCAGAGGGAGCGGAGAGAUUCCAGCUCAUCUUGGCAGAACCUUCACCUGGACUGGAACUGGGCACCAACACCACAGCAACUGUGACUAUUCUGGCCAGUGACGAUGGACAUGGUGUAAUUUCCUUCAACAUUAGCGAGCACCUCUUGUUGAGAGAACCUACCUCUACGGUGGGGUUAAGUGAGAGCGUUGCCACCCUGUAUGUAGUUCGAAACCCAGAAGAAGGAACAUUUGGCACAGUGACUGUUCAGUUCACCAUAACUGAUGCUAACGGCAGCUUAGCAGAGGGCGAUUUGAUGCCAGCACAAGGCUUUGUGGUGCUGGAGGAUGGAGUCAGAUUUAAGAUGCUGGAGAUUUGGACAAUACUGGAUGCGGAGUCUGAAAUGAAUGAAACCUUUGUCCUGACAUUGUCAGACCCAACAGGAGGUGCACAGCUUGGGGAACAACUUCAAGUGCUCAUUACCAUCCUCGAGAACUCAGCUCCUUCUGGCUUGUUCCGCAUUGGACCUACACUUAACAGAACAAAUACAGAAGUGGUUGCUGAUGAAGGUGGCCAGACUGUCUUCCUCACAGUGUCUCGCAGCAAUGGUCUGGAGUCCUCUGUCAGUGUGGAAUGGGAAACAAAUUCUAAUACAGCGACUGCCUCUGCUGGGCAACUCUCAGUUAUGGGAUUGUACCAAAGUUUUGAAGACCAUCCCACUUCUGCUUGGUGCGUUGUCCCUGAAGAAAUUUCCCCACUGGCCUUGAGGCUGGACAGGAGGCCUUCUGUUGGAUACCCACACACCCUGGCUACGUUGUACCGUUGGCAGGGUGUAUUUGUCUCAGUGGAGUCAUUUAGAAUUCAAAACCCCAGCUCUUGUGUUGGGUUUGUGGCAAAUGGUUCAACCUACAUGGGUAUCACCCACAGUGGUCCUCCUUUUUCUUCUUCUGUCAACCUCAGCAUUUUUAAGCUGCAGAAAGACUUCAACAUUACCCUGGAACAAACUCUGGGUGUGGAAUCCUGGGAAGUUAAACACUUCUCUGCUGAAGGAAGAAAUUAUCUAAUCGUUGCAAAACAAAUUUUUGUUUGGAGUGAUGGAUCCUUCACACUCCUCCGGACUCUUGACUUUGAACAGAACAUUGUCAGUGUGACUCCGUUCACUCGGGCUGCACUUCACUACCUGGUGGUUUGCACAGACAGUGUGACUGUCAGUUGUUUUCUGCUUCAGUGGACAAAAGAAAGGUUUCAAGAUCCGAAACCACUCCCUGUCUCUGGCAGAACCAGUCAGGUGGAGACAGUCGACAUGGCGACAGAGGACACUCUCCUGUUUGUAGCUGUUGAAGGUCUGUCCACAUCCUGUGAGGUGCUUCAGUGGAGGUCAGAACAAUCUUUACCAUGGCACCAUCAGUCUAUUCCUCACCAAGGCCUCACUUCUGUUUACCCCUUCAAGUCACCGUCUGGAAUCACUUAUGUUCUGCUCAGCGGGAGGAAUGGCUCCUCUCUUUACUCCUGGAGAACUGAUGUUGGUCAGUUUGCUAUGAUUUUGAGGGCCCCUCCAGCCAUUAGGUUCCUCUCCUUGAUCGUCCAAGACCUCAACACCACCAAGAUCUUCUUGGCUUCCUCUGAGGACAAUGGUUCUACAAUUUACGAAUUCACUUCUGUCUCCAAUUUCUCUGACUUCAUACCAAGUUUUGGAGUGUUGCACUUUGCACCAGGUGACAGAGAGCUGGAGAUUGCAGUGAACGUCAUUGAUGAUGACAUCCCUGAGGUCCAGGAGUCUUUCCAGGUUAACCUGAAGAAUCCAAAGGGUGGGGCUGAGAUUGGAUUUGGUGGUCAGGUGACCAUAAUUGUCCCAACCAAUGAUGAUGCCCAUGGUAUCAUUGGGUUUGCAGAAAAUUCUUUGUCCGUGGAGGUGGAGGAGUUGGAGCAAAAUAAUCCGAUUUCUCUAAGUGUGGAGAGACAAAGGGGGACUUUUGGCAGGCUGACUGUUCACUGGGCUGCGAGUGGCAGUGUGACAGAUAUUUACCCUACUUCAGGAGUAGUUACCUUCUCAGAGGAGCAGUCCCUGGCUAUCAUCUCACUGGUUGUUAUAGCAGAUGGCCUCCCAGAGCUUAGAGAGAGCGUGACCAUCACCCUCAUAGAUGUCACAACUGUGGAGCUUCAGGACCAACAACAGGCUGCAGUCAUUGACAAGCAGCGGGCACAGGCUAAACUCAUCAUUCUACCAAAUGGCUCCCCCUAUGGGGUGAUUGGAUGGCAUCUGGACUCCCAGUUUACCCUCACACAAGAACCACAGAGAAGUCCUACUAACGUGACCCUGUCUAUAGUGAGGGAACAGGGCUCUUUGGGUGAGAUAGCAGUCCAUUACCAGACCCUACCUGCUCUGUACCAGCCACCCAAUAACCAAGCCACAGCUGGAAAAGACUACAUCCCCAAAGACAACACUAUCAUCAUGAUAAAUGGCGCUACUGUGGCCAUUGUCACUGUCACAAUCCUCCCGGAUGACAUCCCAGAGCUGGCAGAGAGUUUCCUGGUAAAUAUCACUGGUGUGGAGCUGAUGUCAGGGUUGAUCGGAGCAGGGCAGCCCACUGUGAAGAGACUCAGUAUGGAGGUUGCAGAGGUCACCAUUCAGGAGAAUGAUGACCCCAGGGGGAUUCUGCAGUUUAAUGUUUCUAAGGAGCUGGCAUUUGAGAUACCUCCACCAGACAACAUCUUCUUCCUGUCAGUGGUGAGACUGGCUGGUACAACUGGAAGACUGGUCGUCUACUGGGAAGCUCAGCCAAUCACUGCUCAGCAUGAUGAUUUCAGCCCCUCUUCGGGAAACAUCACCUUUCGAGAUGGACAGAGUGGGGCCAGAGUUGCCCUCACCAUCCUGGAUGAUGAAGAAGCGGAGAGUGUAGAAAGCUUUAGAGUUAAUUUGUUGCGUGUGAUUGGUGGAGGUCGACUUGGAGAUGUGACCUCAGUAAUCGUCAGUAUUCCAGCCAAUGACUCGCCUUUUGGACGAUUUGGAUUCCAGAAAUUAGAGGGUACUGUCAGUGAGCCUGAGUUUACGGACGACCCUGCUGCUGUGACAACACUAACAGUGCUGCGUAGUGCAGGAGGUGAAGGAGCUGUGACGCUGCUGUGGCAGCUGGAGGAUCAGGCCAAGGACGACCUCUCACCUUUUAAUGGAACACUUGUUUUCACAGAGACUGAGUCUGUGAAGACGUUUGUAAUUAAAGCCCUCGCUGACGCCGUACUGGAAGGAGAGGAGCAUUUCACUCUCAGGCUGUUUCCAGCUGUGAGCGACGCAGUCAUCGACCACUUGAAUGACAUGGUCACCAUCACCAUUAGAGCAGACAAAGCUGCCCUUGGGAUUAUCGGAAUAGCAGAUUUCUCCAGGAAGGUUAUCAUAGGGGAACCUCAGGGAGAAUACAACGGUACAUCUGUGGUCAGCAUAGUGCGUGGACCAGGAGUGUAUGGAGCGGUCCAGGUGUUCUGGAACAUCACACCAGCUGCCGAUUCUGAGUUUGAAUCACUGUAUGGCACAUUGACAAUGAGAGACAGACAGUCUGCUGCCAACAUUAUCCUCAAGGCCUUAGAUGAUGAACUCCCUGAGGAGCGAUCUGAAUACCAGCUGACACUGACAUCCGCAACUCCAGGACUAGAGAUAAGCCCUAUAGCCAGGCAUGCUACGAUCUUUAUGGCUGCUAGUGACAAUCCCCACGGCCUUUUCUCCUUCACACAGCAGCGAAUCAGUGCAACAGAAGAGGAUGGCAUGGUAAAUGUGACCAUAUUCCGCUCUUUAGGCAGUCUGGGCAGUGUACGGUUGACCUAUGCGACCUCUGGUGACACUGCAGUCAGCGGAAUGGACUUUAUUCCAGCUUCAAAACAAAUUAUUUUCAGUCCGUAUCAAACUUCACAGCAGGUCACACUGUAUAUUGAAGAUGACAGUCUUCCAGAAGGGCCUGAGAGAUUCUUCUUUAACAUUACUGGAGUGGAGAUUGUCAAUGCCAGCUUUAUAAACUACACAAUGAUAGAGCCAGGUCUCCAGCUGGACCAGCCUCCAACUAUAGGCAAAAACUCUUCUCUCACUGUGGUCAUACUGAAGAAUGACAACAUAGAGGGGAUUCUGGAGUUCAGACAGGACUAUGGCAAUUUUACAGUGGAGGAAGGAGUUGACAGUGUGCUGAUUCCAUUAGUGAGAAGAGUGGGAACCUAUGGCGACAUCUUGGUUCAAUUUAGCUCAAAAGGCUUAAGUGCAACCUCUGACCUGGACUACAUCCUUCGUGAUGGCUCAGUGAUGUUUACCCACGGCCAGAACACCAGCUACAUUAACGUUACCAUUAUAGAUGACCUGGAGAGUGAAAAUGCAGAGACCUUUGAAAUCCUGCUUAUCGGGGCGUCAGGAGGAGCAGUUCUGGGAUCACGGCGUGUUUCCACAGUCACCAUCUCCAAGAGCGACUCUUUGAGUGGUUUGGUCCGUUUCGUGAAUGAGAGCCUGAUCACUGUGGUCAACCCUAACUCCACGAUCAGGCUCAGUCUUAUUUUGGAGCGAGUAGGAGGCUUGGUGGGCAAUGCAACGGUUACAUGGAUCAUUCGAGGUCCAAACAGCAGAGAGGUUCUUCCAGCAUCCAACACAGACAUUAGAGAGCCAGUGAACGGGUCUUUCUUCUUCGUGGAUGGAGAAAGAAGUACACACGCCAUCCAGCUGAUGAUUCUCCCUCACGAAGAGGUGGAGGUGGCAGAGAUGUUCAUCAUAGAGCUUAACAUUUGGUCUGGGGAGAUGGAUGUAGAUCCUCAGGCUGGUGCAGUAACCCUGAAGAUCGAGAAGUUUGGUGAUCCAAAUGGUAUCGUCCAGUUCACUGUGGAUUCUCUCAGUGAACGGGUCUACAAUGAAUCUACAGAAUCAGAGGGAGUGUUCAACAUUUCCCUCUUCAUCACACGCAGAGAAGGGGUCGUGGGUAACAUCACUGUUUACUGGAAGAUACAGAGUGACUCAGACAUGUCAGGAGACUUCCUUGUGUCCGCUGGCUCAGUGAAUAUUCAGGAAGGCCAACGGGAGGGUGAAAUUCUCCUCAGCCUGAUGCCUGACAUGGUUCCAGAACUGGAUGAGCUGUACACCAUCCAUCUCACAGCAGUGGAGGGUGGAGCGACUCUGGUUGACAACCCAAACCUCCUGAAGGCCCACAUCAGGGUUCUUGCCAAUGAUGACCCCCACGGUGUCUUCUCCCUCAACCCUGAACAGCAGACUAUAGUCGUAGCAGGGUCAGGUCCAGAAGUCAGCAGGGCUCUUGUGGUGAAUUUGACACGCUUGGCUGGGUUGUUUGGUAACGCUAGUGUGGGCUACAAAAUCACUGGAAUGACAAAUGAAGUGAUGGACAUUGAGGACAUACUGGGAGGACACUUUGAGGGAAGAGUGUUCAUGAUUGAAGGAGAACGAUUUGUUAGUCUGACUCUACCAAUCAGCAGCCAGGUAUUUCUGUCAGUUGGUGAGAUUUUCACUGCACAGCUCACAGAUGUCAAACUCAUCAGCCCUGUCUCUGGCUCACCACCUCGUCUCCUUCUUGAAGCCAGCGUAGCCAUGGUGACCUUGCCUGAAGAAGCUGCCAGCUCUGAAGUUGGUUUUGCCUCAGUGGCUCUGCAGGUUUCCAGUUUAGAGACAGGAACAUGUGAGGCAGUGGUGGCACGGAGAGGUGUGUUUGGAGACAUCACAGUGCACUGGAAUGCUGGUUAUCCUUCAGGUCAAUCUUUGCCUGGAUUUAGGAACGGAAAUAUCACCCCAAACUCAGGCUCUUUGACUCUUGUCCAUGGUGAGAAGUCUAAAGCCAUAUCCCUCACAGCUCUUGCUGAUGUGUUAGAGCCAGUGUCCUAUGCGAUUCACCUCACUGCUGCCACCUCCAGUGCUGGUGCUGCCGGUGCGGUCAAACUCAGGUCAGGCUUCACCACAGCAGAGGUGGAGCCCUUGGGUGUUUACCAGUUCACUCCUGAUUCCAGCCAAAUAGUCAUUGCUGAGGACAUCCAAACUAUAACACUGUAUGUUCAGAGACUUUAUGGUUCUCGCGGUAAUACCACCUACAUUUCAUAUACCACAGUAUCAGGCAGUGCAGUAGCAGGAGAAGAUUUUCUUUCAGUGCCAGACGGACGUUUGGUCUUCAACUCUUCUCGCCAAACCAAUGCUUCGUUCCAACUUUCUAUACUUGAUGACUUAUUUUCGGAGCCAGAUGAGUCUUUUCAAGUCAACCUGAAUGAUGUUCAAGUCAUUGAUCCAGAUUCUGUUUGGGCAGACGUUUACCCUCGUCUUAACCCUCAGCAAAGUGUUGCCACCGUGACAAUUUUGGCCAGCGAUGUGACAGGUGGGAUUCUGAGUAUUGGACCUGGACUAAUACAAGUGCCAGAGGACAAGGAAGAGGAGACACAGCAGGAGCGAAAGGUGGUUCUGAGGGUGCGGAGGUCCAGCAGCGUGGCCGGAGAUGUUAGGGUUCGAGUCCAGGCCUACGGAGAGGGAAGCUCCACAGCUCUCCCCUUCACUCUGGAUCCUGUUGGUACCCUUGCAAAGGAGCUGGAGGACUUCAGACUGGAGUCCACCAUAGUGUCUCUGCAGGCCGGUCAGAACGAGACCGAGGUUAUUCUCCUUAUCCUGGAUGACGCAGAGCCUGAAGGACAGGAAGUGUUUUUUAUUUACCUCAGUGAGCCAGAGGGAGGUGCUCAAAUCACAGACACUUCAUCUCAAGGCUUUGGAGCUUUCUCAAAGAUCACUAUUCUUGGGAGUGACUUCCAUAAUGGCAUCAUAGGAUUUAAUUUGAACUCAUUGACAGACAAAUUACUUGACGAGGACUCAGAGAACAGAACGACUGUCCUGUUCCUACAGAGGCAAGAAAACAGAGUCUUUGAGAAUGUGCAGGUCUUCUGGAGAGCUACCUUCAGCAAGGCAGCUCCACUUCUGGUCAGUGGUGGAGUUAAUCUGACUACACAGCUGUUACACACCUCAGGAACAGCACUGUGCAGGAAAGGAGAGACGAUAUGUGCUUUGACCCUGGAAAUUCUCGAUGAUGAGGAGCCAGAGUACCAGACGUGGUUCUUGGUGGAAAUCUAUCAGGUCGGGGCUGGAGCUGCCCUAAAUGAUACUAUCCGUUUUGCCAACAUCACCGUGGUGGAGAGUGACGACCCACAAGGCAUAAUCUACUUUGCUGUGGGCCACAGGCUGCCCACUAUUACCUUGAUGACCACAAGGUUGAGUCUGCAGGUCUACAGACUAGCCAGCACAGACUCAGUUCUGUCUGUAAAUUAUCGCACUUUGGAACUCGACAGAGAAGAGGUUGUGGGUCCUUUUCUCAUCCACCCUGCUACAGAAGGGAGGGAUUUUCCCAAACAGGAAGGCCAAAUAACCUUUCCUACAGGCCAACGUAACACAUCAUUGGAAAUUUACCUGACACCAGAUCUCGCUUCGUCCAAGCCCACGCCAAAGCGCUUCCAGGUGGAGCUUCACAGUGCCACAGGGGGCGCACAAGUGCAUCCUCAGUUCGGGCUAGCGAACGUGACUGUGGUGUCAAAUCCAAUGAGUGAAGCUGUGUGGGCUGUACUUGACCAGUUACAUCAGCCUCUCAGCUCUAAUAUUUUAAACCAAGUGCUUCGAGGACUGAGCAGUAAAAUCAUUGCAGCUGUCAGUCCUGAGCAGAUGACGGCCGUGCUGGAAGGUCUGAGGAUGGUGCUCGUAGAGGCAGAGAAGACACCAUUGCAAGAAAGCAGCCGGAAUUUGACCAGCAACCUUUUGUGUACUCUGGCCAAUCCCAGCAGAGCUGACACCAGAGGCCUCAGUUACCUUGCAGAGUUGGCAGAGAGGUUUGCAUUCUCUCUGCUCUCUCACAGCCAGUGUGAGAUAAGAGCAACAGUCCUGGAAUCAUGUCCAUACAUGAGCAUCUCUGUCUUUCAGUGGUACCCAACACAGAUCAACGGCCACAAGUUCAGAGGCAGAAACGCAGACUUCUUUCAACUUCCAGAUAAUUUACUAUCAGUUCCACCAGCUCUGACCUCUGACUGCAACAACCUCAGUCAGAUUCAGCUGACCGAGUUCAGAACUGACCACUGGUUCAUCAUCAAUGAAACAAUCAAUGAUUUCAGUGGAAAGGUAUUUUCAGUCAGCCUGAAGGACAGAGGCCCAGGUCCUCUAGAAGCAGGUAAAGAGGUGGUUUAUCGACUCCACAGCCCUGGUCAACAAAUUAAACCUGGUCGAUCUCAGUGCCUGCUGUGGAACCAGACCACUGCCAGCUGGACAGCAGACAGUCAGUUCUGUAGAGUUGUCAAAGAAAGUGAGAACUUUGUGGAAUGUGCCUGCUCUCACUUGUCCAUCUACACAGCCUACGCAGACUUUGCCACACUUGCGUCCUACAAUGAGGCCUUCUAUGCCUCAGGAUUCAUCUGCAUCUCAGGCCUUGCACUGGCCAUUAUCUCACACGUGCUCUGCUCCCGUUUCCCCAUGUUUGGUGCCAAACUGCUCACCCACAUGAUGGUGGGCUGCCUGGGAACACAGAUCUGUUUCCUGGUGUCAACCUUCCAAGGUCAGGUGUUUUCAGAGGACAGUUGUGCCACCUUGGCACUCUUCUCUCACUACUUCCACCUCAGUCAGUUCUUCUGGAUGCUCAUACAGGCUGUGAACUUUUGGCAAGUGCUGGUGAUGAACGAUGAGCACACAGAACGCAGGUACCUGCUCUACUUCCUGUUGGGCUGGGGACUUCCUGCUGUGGUCAUCAUCAUCUUGGUGAUCGUCCUGCUUGGAGGCUUUGGUUGGACCAUACAUGCUGCUUAUGGACUGGUGCAAGGAGACGUGUGCUUCAUCCCAAACAUCUACACAGCUCUGUGCACAGCAGUGCUGGUGCCUCUCAUCUGUUUGGUGGCAGUGCUCGUGGUAUUCAUCCAUGCCUACCAGGUUACUCACCAGUGGAAGGCCUAUGAUGACAUGUAUCGUGGACGCACCAACAGCACAGAGGUGCCACUGGUCCUAACCCUGUUCCUGAUCAUCUCCCUGGUCUGGUUAUGGGCUGGGCUACAUAUGGGCUACAGGAGCCUGUGGAUGCUCAUUCUCUACGUCAUCUUCAACUGCCUCCUGGGCUUGUAUGUGUUUGCAGUGUACUUCAUCAUGCACAACCAGCUGUGUUGGCCAACUAAAGCUAGUUACACAGUGGAGAUGAACGGCCAGGACUCUCCAGACUCUAGCUACCCUGGAGGGGGACCCACCACUGUGGGAGCCGAUAUCAACAAAUCCACUCAGAACCUCAUCAGUGCCAUGGAAGAGGUAUCAGCAGACUGGGAGCGAACAUCCUUGCGGCCCAGCAGUCAGCACAGCAGUGCGUUUAAACCCAGUCCUGUUUUGGGCACGUACAGCACGGAUCCUGGUUUCAUCAACACCAACCUGACCACAGACGAGGAGUUGCAGGAGUUUGAUGACCUCAUAUUUGCCUUAAAGACCGGAACAGGCCUUAAUGUAAGCGAUAAUGAAUCUAUUCCCGGAAGCCAUGACGGAGGAAGCGUGACCAAUUCCCAAAUCGUUGAGCUGAGACGGAUCCCAAUCGCUGACACACAUCUUUAACCUUUUUACAAUACCAGAAAAGAAAAAUGACAGCCCUGUAUUUUUAUAUGAUAAAAAUGCUUUUGCACUAAAAUAAUUUUUAAUAGAAAAUGUAGAUGUUUGAUACUGUGUGUGAUUUU